AUGGGUAUACAGCAUGCUCAGAGAACAUCCCUGGCUCUCACGCUCAACUACGUGGCGUUCGCCUUGGCCGUUUCGGCCGUCACCACUAGCUACUGGUGUGAGGGGACCAGGAAGGUGGUAAAGCCUUUCUGCAUGGGGUCAGUGAAAGUCAAGCAGACAUACUGCAUCCGCUUUAACAGCUCCAACAUCAACGACACACGGCUGGUGCAGUACAUCUACGAAACCGGAGAGGAGAAGUUCCUCAUGAGGAAGUUCCAUGCGGGGAUCUGGUUCUCCUGUGAACAAACCGUGGACUUAAUAGGAUUUAACUGUAGAAGCUUUUUAGAGAUCACACCAGAUCAUGAAAGAGGAGUGCUCUGGCUGUGUAUUGUGGCUGAGUGUCUGUACAUUGCUCUGCUGUUCACUGGUGGAGCUUUGAUGGUGAUAGAGAUGUGCCCAUGCUUUAACUUGAUAAACAGACUCAAGCUCAAUGCCUUUGCAGCUCUGUGCACUGCUCUCUCAGGCCUUUUCGGGAUGGUUGCACAUAUGAUGUUCACCACGUCAUUCCAGCUGGCUGUCCAGAUGGGUCCAGAAGACUGGAGACCUAAGACAUGGGACUAUAGCUGGUCCUAUCUUCUGGCAUGGGGCUCCUUUGGCACCUGCAUGGGCUCGGCGGUCACAGUUCUAAACCAUUACACCAAAACCAUCAUUGAGUUUAAGUUCAAGAGGAGGACCAUUGAGAAGAAACUGCGCAUCAAGCAGAAGAUCCUGGAGCUGGACAUGCCAGAAGACUUAUGGUACAUCACUUCAUUGCAAGAGCAAGCAGACCAACACGCUGCCCUGCAUGUGAAUGGCAACGAACCAUCCUGCUUCAGCCCCACAAUACUGGACAACUGGGACAGAGAAUACUGUUGA